AUGAAAAGAUUAAAUGUAGUAUCUGAAUCUGAACUUUAUAGCGAUAUAAAGCCGAAUGAAAAUUUGGGAUUUUCUAUGAAUAAAAAUUUAAAAUUAUCUUCUGAAUUAAGAGAAAUCCUAGUGGGCAAGUUAUUAGGUGACGGACAUUUAGAAACUCAAACUAAUGUGGUAAUACCUGUUCCCAUUCCGAAUACAGAAGUCAAGCACUACCGUGGCGAAAAUACUCUUUACGGGGAAGAUAGCUCAUUGCCAUUAAUGGCAAAAAUUAUUUUUUUGAAUGGUUGUGCCUCGGCGGGUAAAACUACCCUUGCCAAAGAGAUUCAGAAUUUAGCCGAAGAGAGUUUUCAAUAUGUUAUUGACCCCCAAACUGGUAUUUUAACUGAAAUGAAAGCCAGUUCUUAUGCUAUCCAAGUUUUUUCCUGUCUGCCAAAAGUGGUUAAAUUGCUGGCUGAUAAUGGAUUAAAUGUAAUUUUUGACGAAUGCAACUUUGUCAAGAAAAGCGAAGCCGAAUUUCUAAUUAAUGAUUACAAAACUCUUUUCUCCAAUCAUAAAUUUUUAAUGGUCGGUGUGAAAUGUGAUUUGGCGACCAUGGAGCAAAGGGAAAAAUUAAGAGGUGAUAGAGUUAUAGGAAUGGCAAAGAUUUUUUAUCAAGCAGAAAAAAGUUUUCAUUAUCCUUAUGACAUGAUUGUUGACACUACUCACGAAUCCCCUUUUGCCAAUGCCGAAAAAAUUUUGCAAUUUCUAAAAGAAAAUUAG